AUGAACCGCGGCUACGGUGAUGACGACGAUGGCUUCCCUCCUGGCGGCGCUGGCGGCCCCGGAGGCCUGUUUGCUCACUUGAUGGGAGGCUUUGGUGGGGGGCGCCGUGCCACUCCUGCGCACUCCUAUGACGAAUAUUUCAAGGCAUUCUCGGUGGCAACAAUGCCCCAUGGACACGACCGGCCCCAGCUGAUGUACGGUGGCAAGAUCAUCAUGCCCCCAUCGGCAUUAGCGCGUCUCACCUCGCUUGACAUUGAUGGACCGUGGACCUUCUGCCUGCGCAACCCGCGGAACCCUCAUGUCAACCAGACGCAUGCGGGUGUGCUCGAGUUCAUCGCCGAUGACCCUGGGAUCGUGUACCUCCCCGCCUGGAUGAUGCAGACGCUGCAGCUCAACGAGGGCGACCCGAUCCGCCUGACUGGCACGGAGCUGCCCAAGGGCAAGUUUGUCAAGAUCCAGGCUCAGUCUGUCGACUUCCUUCAGGUGUCAGACCCCAAGGCUGUCCUCGAGUCUGCUCUCCGCGCGUACUCAGCCCUCACCAAAGGUGACAUCAUUGAGAUUACUUACAACUCACUCACGUUCGAGUUCCUUGUUAUGGAGGCGCAACCUGAAGGGCCUGGCAUCUCCAUUAUCGACACAGACCUGGAGGUCGACUUUGCUCCGCCCAAGGGUUACGUUGAGCCAGAACGCAAGAUGCCAGCGCCUCCAGCAACAAUGGCUGACAAGCUCAAGAUUGACACGACUUCGAUGGAGACAUCUCGUCCGCAAUCGUCGUUAUCUAUCCGGACGCAGGGAUCGGGGGACAACCCCAUCGAGAGCUUCACCGGCGUUGGCCACAGCUUGAGUGGGAAGCGCGUUCGUGGCAAGGGUUUAGCGAAGAAGAUCGAGGACGUCGACCCGACCAGCAAGAUCAACCGCAACCUUGGCCCCCGUAUCAUUACUCCCGACAACAUCGAAGGCGACCGCAAGGUGCCAGGCCCACUCAUCCUUCCCAAGGGCAAGUUCUUCUUCGGCUUUAAAUACGUCCCGUUCGAGUCCAGCAGGGCAUCUAAAAAGCCGGAAGAGAACGCCGUAGCGCCUCUGUCCACGUUCCAGGGCCAAGGCAACUCUCUGCGCAAGGGCGCCGCGAGCAACGCUGCAGCUCCAGCUUCCCCACCGGCUCCCACAAAGCCGAUUGAGGAGGCCAAGGCUGACCCGUGGGCCAGUCUCGGCAGCGGCAACACCUUGAGCGGCCGCCAGCGAGCGGCUGAGAAGGAGCUUACGCGCGAGACGUCUCCGCGGCAGCCGUCGCGUGACGAGAUCAUCGACGCGACGAUGAUGGAUGAGGACGACUUCAUGUUUGGAGAAGAUUACGACUACGACGACGACGACGACUACAUCGAGGUUGACUCUGAUUAG